AGUUGAAGUUUGAGGAAAGUGUCCCGUUGCUCUGCCAAAAUUCAAACUUAGAAAUGGAGGGAAAAUCGUGUUUCUCCUUCUAGUUCUUCUUCUCUUCUUCUUCUUCUUCUUCUUCCUCACUCCAAUCUUUCUACAGUUCUUUUCUCUAACAAUCACUUCUCUUUGAUUCCUCUAAUGGCCGAAACAUUAAGCCCUAAUCCAUCAAUACCGCAGAAGCAGAGGCGUCCCGUGCCCUCUCAGUUACAAUCUCCCACUAGCCCUUUUUUCCUUGGCUCCAACGAUGACAAACUUGAGCGUGCUCAAGCACGCGCCGCACGCGCUGCUGCAAAUCGCCGCAAGUCCAUUGCUACCAAUCUCCUACCUCGCCAAGAUCCCAAUAUUUUUCUCGACAAGCGCCAGAUCCUCGAGUUAUUUCAAAAUUGCAUCAAACUCGCUAGUGAAAAUAAAAUUAAUCAGAAAAAUACAUGGGAACUGAAUUUAAUUGACCAUCUUGCUGAGAUUAUCAAGGUUGAAGAAGAGGACACAGAGACGAAUUUUCAGAAGGCAAGUUGUACUCUUGAAGCUGGAGUUAAGAUCUACUCACUAAGGGUGGAUGCCACUCAUUCAGAGGCAUAUAAAGUGCUUGGAGGGAUGAACAGGGCAGGCCAAGAAAAUGAACAAGAAACCAUCACCCAGGAGGGAAAUCCAGAAAAUGACCAGGAGGAAGUUCGUUCUAGAAAAGAGCAGGAUAAAAAGUUGUCUCCUUUGUCGACACUGGAGCCGUCUUUUGAGGCUCUAAAUGUAAAGAAGUUUGAUGUGGCAUUUGCGGUGGAUCCGCUUUAUCAUCAAACAUCUGCUCAAUUUGAUGAGGGUGGGGCCAAGGGUCUGUUAAUGAAUAAUCUUGGAGUAUAUGGUGCCUGUAGGGUGCUUUUUGAUUCAGAUGAAGUUCCUGGGAAAUGUAUGUCUUUUGAGAACAGGCAGGGUAGCUCAGAUAUGAUUGACAUCUCUUUUGCCAAAGAUUGCAUCGAGGAGAUGGUACUGAAUAUGCGUGUUAAGGAUGAAAUAUCUCCAACUCUGAGGAAUAUAGUUAAUCUAUUUGAUGAAGAUAACAUACGACCAUCAGAUUAUUGUAGUUCAGGUCCGAAAGCAGCUGAGCAAGUGCAUAUGGAUUAUGAUGUAGAUGACAGAUUUCAUGGUGAUGAUUUUGAAAACUUUGGCACUGAAAAUUAUGAUAACGAUGACCAAACAAGCAUGGUUGAUGAUGGACCUGGUGGUGGAGAUGCAGAUUUUUCAACUUACAACGAGGAAAGUGUGUCGACUACCUACCAUGACCCUGAUGUUGAGGAAAGAUUGGGGAACGUUGAUGAAUAUUUGAUUUCAUGUUUGGGUUUUACUGUAAGACAGAAUGCUUGGGCGGGCCCCGAGCACUGGAAGUAUCGUAAAACUAAAGGUUCUAGAGAUAGUCCUACAGAAAAUGGAUUAGAAACGACAACCAAGAGAGCAAGAAGUAAGAAACAAGCAGAGAAUGAUAUUGAUUUCACAAAGAAUUUGGAAAAAGAAGUUACAGAUCUCUUCGUGCCUCCAAGAAACCCCAAAUCAUUGUUGUUGCCUAAGAAUAGAGCACCUUGCAAUACUAAGCUUCCUGAAGAUUGCCACUACCAGCCUGAAGAUCUCGUGAAGUUAUUUCUUUUGCCUAAUGUAAAGUGCCUUAGGAGAAAAGGAAGACAACAUUCAGAUGAACCAAUGCACCACAACGAUGAUUAUGGAACAAUGCCAUCCUGGGAAGAUGAUAAUGACUUUGGUGGCCAAUUUGAUGAAGGUGAUGGUCAAAGUGAUGUGGAGGACCCCGAUGCUCUUGUUACUCAGCCUCGCCAGGUUAACAAAGUUGAAGUUCAAUACGACAAAAAGUCCAAGCAAGUUGAUGUCCAGGCUUUGAAGGAAACACUCUGGUCUCAUUUGCAAGAAUCUCAAACAGACACUGAGGGCGAAGACGAAAUGGCAUCUUUCAAGCAAAUCCUUGCCACCUUUCCAGACGAUUGCAGAGCUGCUCAAACCAUUAAUGACAUCUCGCCCCAUUUAUGUUUUAUAUGUCUAUUACAUUUAGCCAACGAGCAUGGAUUAAGUAUAAAAGGCUCUGACCACUUGAACGAUCUCACUAUUCACUUUGGUUGUCAAAAUUAACGUAGAAUAUUUGUGAAGUUGUGUACCACAUAGUUUUUUACAUGUAAUUUAUCACUGUAUGCACUUGGCUUUCCAUUUGCUCCAACGGUUGUCAUUGAUGGUGCAAUUUAACCAGAAUAUAUUGCUGUGGAAAUU